AUGACUACGGUCCCAACUGCGGGAAGUGGAGGACCAGCCAUGGAUGCGAAUUGUGAGGAGUUGGAGAAAGUACUUGUCGGAUCUGACCCGGAGAGAUUUUUUCAAAUUGGCUCGGAAUUGCCGCCCCAAGAGAAGUCAGCACUGACUGCCUUCCUCCGACAGAAUUUAGACAUGUUUGCUUGGGACCCCUAUGAGGCCCCCGGGGUCGACCCAGAUUUCAUCUGCCACCGCCUUAAUGUGAACCCAGCCAUAACACCUAAGAGGCAAGCUCCUCGACGACCAUCGAAAGAACAUACUGACGCUGUGAUAGAAGAGGGCUACCACCAGAUACCCUUGGCCGCCGAAGACCAGGAGAAGACUGCUUUUGUCACUCCCGUUAGGAAUUAUCAUUAUAAAGUGAUGCCCUUCGGCCUAAAAAAUGCCGGGUCAACCUAUCAGAGGAUGAUGACCAAGAUGUUUGAACAUCAGAUGGGUAAAAACAUUGAAGUGUACAUAGACGACACGGUGGUUAAAAGUAAGCUGGCCCCUAACCAUAUUGAUGAUCUCGGGGACGUUUUUCAAGUACUAAGAAAGUAUAAACUACGGCUGAAUGCGACCAAAUGUUCUUUUGGAGUGGGAUCUGGAAAGUUCUUGGGCUAUAUGGUGACUCACAGAGGUAUUGAGGCCAACCCUGACCAAAUAAGAGCCAUCCAUAACUUGCAGCCUCCUCGGAACCCUAAGGAAGUACAGAAGCUUACUGGUAUGAUAGCAGCGCUAAACCGUUUCAUCUCGCACUCAGCAGAUAGAUGCAGGCCAUUUUUUCUCCUACUGCACAAGUGGAAAGGAUUUGAGUGGAAUGAGGAAUGCGCUACGGCUUUCCAACAGCUAAAGGAAUACCUCGCCCAGCCACCGAUUAUGUCCAGUCCCGAGGCCGACGAGGUUUUGUUUGCCUACAUAGCAGUGGCUCCACAUGCAGUAAGCCUGGAGCUGAUCCGAGAAGACAACGGCACGCAACGCCCCGUCUAUUACGUUAGCAAAUCGUUGCAGGAGGCAGAAACCCGUUACCUUCCCCUCGAAAAGGCUAUCCUGGCCAUCGUACAGGCCACGAGAAAGCUGCCCCACUACUUUCAAGCACACACGAUUGUGGUGUUAACUCAACUCCCCUUAAAAUCCAUCCUACGCAGCGCAGAUUACACAAGUAGAAUUGCAAAAUGGGGAACUAUUUUGGGCGCCUUUGACAUUAGAUACAUGCCUUGCACCGCUAUAAAGGGCCAGGUCCUCGCCGACCUGGUGGCAGAGUUUGCAGAGCCUGCAUCAGAGGGAAAGGAAGUGUCGGUCUUACUGGGGGCUGGUGAGCGGGUGAGCAACACAGUUUCCCCGCAUGGGCUCGCUUGGUGGAAAGCAUACAUUGAUGGCGCAUCAAACCAAAGGGGCUCAGGGUUAGGGCUUGUCCUGCUCUCACCUGAAGGGAUAACCAUAGAGAAGUCAUUGAGACUCAGUUUUUCAGCCACAAAUAACGAAGCCGAAUAUGAGGCGCUAUUGGAAGGGAUGGGAAUGGUCCGGAAAAUGGGGGGGGGGGAAUCCGUAGACAUGUUCUCGGACUCAAGACUUAUUGUGGGGCAGGUAAAUGGAGACAUGGAGGCAAAGGACGAAAGAAUGCAAGAGUAUCUUGUUCGGGUUAAGCACCUGCAGACCCAAUUUCAUCACUUCCGCUUGACGCACGUACCCAGAAGUGGGAACACUCAUGCUGAUUCUCUUGCGACGUUGGCUACCUCCUCGGCUCAACCCCUACCUCGAGUCAUUUUGGUAGAAGAGGUCCUCCGUCCAUCAGCAGAAAAGGCCAAUGGGAAUGGAAUACAUAACAUCAGGGCAGGACCGAGCUGGAUGGACCCUAUCGUUCUAUACUUAAAGCAUGACACCUUGCCAGACGAUAAGGUUGAGGCUAGCAAAAUCAAGAGAAAGGCUACCCGAUUCUGGUUAUCGGAGGACUCCAAGCUUUACAGACGCUCGUUUUCAGGGCCGUACUUGCUAUGCGUGCACCCAGAGGCUGCAGAACUCAUCUUGGAGGAGUUACAUGAAGGAAUUUGCGGAAGUCACAUGGGGGGUAGGUCUUUGUCUCACAGAGCCUUAACGCAGGGUUAUUGGUGGCCGAGCAUGAAAAAGGAAGCCAUGGAUUACGUCAAGAAGUAUGACCAAUGCCAGAGAUUCGCUCCGAGCAUACACCAGCCUGGUGGAGAGCUAAACCCGAUGUCCAGUCCCUGGCUGUUUGGCACCCCGCACACCCUGGUGUCAGACAACGGGCUCCAGUUUGAUAGCAAAACCUUCAGAGGGUACUGUAGCGAGCUGGGAAUUGUUAACCGGUAUUCCACGCCAGCUUACCCCCAGAGUAAUGGCCAAGCAGAAGCCGUCAACAAGACCAUAUUGAACGGACUGAAAAAGAGACUAGAUGACUCAAAAGGAAGAUGGGUAGAAGAGUUAGCCCAUGUCUUAUGGACAUACCGCACCACGCCUCGUAAGUCCACUGGGGAAACCCCUUUUUCAAUGACCUAUGGAGCCGAGGCUAUCAUUCCACUGGAGGUGAACUUCCCAACCCAGAGGACCACCACCUUUUGUCCCGCUACCAAUGACAAACUUCUAGAAAAAAGCUUGGAUCUCAUCGACGAAAGAAAGGAAGGCGCGAUGGUCCACCUAGCUAACUAUCAGCAGAAGCUCAAGCAAGGCUACGAUGCCAAGGUGAAGCCCAGGUCAUUGGUGCCUGGAGAUCUAGUACUGAGGAAAGUCUUGGGCAAUGCGAGGAACCCCUCAUGGGGGAAGCUCGGACCAAACCGGGAGGGACCAUACCGCAUCACUUCUGUAGCUGGCGUAGGAGCCUACUAUUUAGAAGACUUGGAUGAACGUGUAGUCCCACGCCCUUGA